UGUCAGAAGCGCUGUAUAAAUAAAGGUGCUGACUUGACUUUAUAAAUAUUAUAUUUAAAAUAUUAAAAUAGUUUACCCAUGAAGAUCUUUCAUCAAUCACUCACCUUCGUGUUAUUUCAAAGUGCUCUUGAUGGGGGUGAUGGACAAUUGUUGUGUAAAUAUUACCUUUUUAAAGUGGGACAUCUAUUGAAACCUUAAAAUGAUAUAGUUCACCCAAAAUUGAAAAAAUUGUCAUCAUUUAAAGGAGAGGAUCAUUUAAAAAAUGCCUGUUUAUCCAUAAAGGGGUGACCAAUGUCCAAUAUACUCACUCUUAUGUUGUUCCAAACCAACUGAUUUUGCCCUUACAAUGAAAGUCAAUGGGGCCUAGUGUUGUUUUGGACGCCACUGACUUUCUUUUGUUUUUCACAGAAGAACAAUGAAAUUCAGUGAGGUUCAAAACAACAUUAGACACCUAUAUACUAUAUAUAUAUAUACAUAUAUAUAAAAUUAAGGAUGUUUUUUUUUGUUUCAUAGGACAAAAAAGAAAGCCAUACUGGUUUAGAAAUAUAUGAAGCUAAUUAAAGGAUAACAAAAUGUUCAUUUUGAUGGGUAAAUUAGCUCUAAAUCUGAAAAAAAAAACUUUAAAAAAAAGUGAAGAUAGAACACAUAUUUAUCAAACUGCCAAAUGCUAGUAAACCAAAAAAUACAUUUUACUCCAAAUGUAUCAUCCUUGUACUUGUACUUAUGCUGCUAUUUGUAAGGUGUCUCUCAGGACAAAUGAUGUGCACUUUUCUGUAAUGACAUAUUUCUGUGUUCAGUACUCACUGAACAACAUUGUGUUAAGUUAUGGUGUACUUUACAGUUCUUUAUUGUCAUCUAUUAAAUAAAUGUUCAUAUAUCAUGUGUAAAAAAUAAAGAUAAUAUGUUUAAAUGAAUUCUGUUAUUUAUAUAGCCUAUUCCGCUACAGUAUGAUACAUUGGUUGUGUUGAUUAUGCAAAAGGUCAGAGAGACAGGAAGUGGUUUUAUAGCCCAAAUGCAUCUACAACAAGGUAGAAAACUAGAUGGAGGAAACACAAGAACAUAUUGCAUGACUGCAUGAUUUAGACAGAACUUCCUCCUGAAAUACGCUAAAUUAAGUGAAAUCCCACAUUUUAAACAAAUUGCAGUGUACAAAGAGUAUCGAUCUCUGGCUACUUUAAAAACAAUAUAGAAUUCUUAGGCACAAUCAGACCUCUAGUUCUUUGACAACAGGAAGUUGUUUUUAAAAAUAAGGUUUAGUGAAACCCUAGUCCACACCUAAUGAGCUAUAGAGCUACAUGCAGGGUUGUCUUUGUGGUUACUUUCUUUCUUUGCUGAAAAAAAAAAAAAAAAGCAUUAGACGACAUCACACGUCCAGCACAGCACAAGGCACCAUGAGGAUCGGACAGACGAACCCGUUUCUAUUAUCUGAACAACAACAGACUCACCUAUUGAUACUCUUCAUAACUCUUAUAACAGGGGCCUUUACAGAUGAAGAAGUGAUUCAAGCUCCUUUGGGUGGUAGUGCGACUUUUAAAUUCAAGGUUACAGGAGACACGGCAGUAAGCCUCACUGAAUGGAGCAGGUGUCCAGAUCACAAGGUUUUUGUGUACAGCCCGAGCCAUGGACUCAGUAUAGUUAACAACAACUAUACUGGUCGUCUAUUUGCAAAAUCAAGCCACAGCUUUAUACUGGAAAAAUUACAAGAGAGCGACUUUGUGACUUACUGCUAUAAACUCAGCACUUUCCCGCAAGGGAGUCUUCAAGGACAAAUUAAUCUAGUGAAAAGGACAGAAAAUGGUCUCCCCAUCACAGUGAUGAUCUCGGUGGGUUGUGGCAUUGGUUUCAUAGUCCUAUGUGGAAUCAUCACUGGAGUGGUUUGUUAUAAGAGGAGAAGUAACCCAGCAAUGAACUCUGGAGGGCUUCCCAGUGGUCAGUCCAACAACAAGAGCGCUCGCACACAGAGUGAGGAAGAGGACCUCAAUUAUCUGAAUGUUACUUAACUCAACGUGUAUUAGUUUUGGUUUGCGCAGUGUAAUUCACAGAAUUAUAAAAAAAUAUUUUUCUACCAUAAAUAUUUUAUGUGUCCUGUAACGCAUGUCCUAGGCUAUUCCAUUAAAUAUAAAACGCACACUGAUAUUUUUCAAUAUGUAUUAAAUGCAUUUUCUGAGAAUUUAUAUUUAUUUUUUUUACUGCAAAAAUGUCCCGUUUAUAACAAUGAAAUUGCCCAAUAUUAAAUAAUUUAUCCUCAACUAGUUUUGUGGUGUAGGUCUACGUAUCACAUUGCAUAUUGUUACAGCCCAAAUUAUUAGAAUAUAGACAUUAAGAAAAUAAAUUGUUAUGAAAAUACUUUUACUUUUAAUACUUAAAGU